AAGGGAUGCCCACCCCGCGACUGCCUUUUGAGAGGGCGAUUCUUAACCCACAAGGGUGGGGUUCAGGGAGGCGGCAAGACAGAACGAGGAGCCCCGGGGGAACGAGGUCCCAGGAGCCCCUGACCCCGUCUCUGCGCGCCGUGGCCAGGGCCAGGUCUUUUCCCACAUCCCCGGGCCUCGGUUCCUCCAACUUCCCAGUCUGCACCCCUGCCUUCCGUUAUCCCGCGCCUGCCCGUGAACCGUCAUAGAAUCGGCGCCCGGCUCCUGAUUGUUGAAUGAGUGCUGCUGGCCCCUGGUGAAUGUGGAACCCUGGCCUUGGUAGCUGGCUCCCACCCCAGCCAUGGACGAGGUCACCUUCAGAAGUGACACCGUGCUGUCAGACGUCCACCUCUACACCCCGAACCAGAGACACCUCAUGGUGCGGCUGAACAGCAUGGGGCAGCCUGUUUUCCUGUCCCGGUUCAAGCUUCUGUGGAACCAGGACUCUUGGGCAGACUCAGGGGUUGAGGCCGGCGGUCUCAGAGCUGUUCGCGCAGAGGAGACUCCUCCUGCUGGGACGGGCAGCCUGGGGUCCCCUCCGGGGUCUGGCCGCAGUGGUGAGGGGGCAGGAGCUCAGCUGGACGAGGAUGGCGAUCUGGACGUCGUGAGAAGACCACGGGCUGCCUCUGACCUCGAGCCGGCGGGGCCUUUGAGAGACAAGGUACAUCCCGUGAUUCUCACGCAGGAGGAAGACGACCUCCUGGGAGACGAAGCUCAAGAAAGCAGCCCCCACGACGUCAUCAAAAUAGAGCACACCAUGGCCACCCCACUGGAGGAUGUUGGCAAGCAGGUGUGGCGGGGCGCCCUGCUCCUGGCGGACUACAUCCUGUCCCAGUGGGGCCUCUUCCAGGGACGCACUGUGCUGGAGCUCGGGGCAGGCAUGGGGCUCACCAGCAUCAUUGCAGCCACCGUGGCACAGACCGUGUAUUGUACAGAUGUUGGUGCAGACCUCUUAACCAUGUGCCAGCGGAACAUUGCCCUCAACAGCCACCUGACCGCUGCUGGAGGCGGCGUGGUUAAGGUCAAAGAACUGGACUGGCUGAAAGACGACCUCUGCACAGAUCCCAAGGUCCCCUUCAGCUGGUCAGAAGAGGACGUCUCUGACUUGUACAGCCACACCACCAUUCUGCUUGCAGCCGAAGUGUUUUACGACGAUGACUUAACAGACGCUCUCUUUAAAACACUCUUCCGACUCACUCGCAAGUUGAAAAAUGCCUGCAUAGCCAUUCUGUCGGUGGAGAAGAGGCUGAACUUCACGCUGAGAGACCUGGACGUCACCUGCGAGGCCUAUGACCACUUCCGCUCCGCGCUGCGCCAGCUGGAGAAGCUCGCCGACGGCCGGCGGCGUUUCGUGGUGGAGCCCGUGGAUGCCUCCUUCCCGCAGUGCCUCGCCUAUGAGCGCAUCCAGCAGCUGGAGCUCUGGAAGGUCCUUGUGGAGCCAGUAACGUGACCCGUCGCGUCCGCAAGCACGGCUUCAGACUGUUCCUGUAAGAGCUUCCUAAUAAAACCAGAAGCCCGCA